UAAACCCCAUCUUCUUCAUUUCUAAAACCCUAAAAACCAGUUUAUGAAAUAUCUGUAUCACAUAUCUAAAUGGCGAUUGGUUUAGGUUUGGGGUAUUCAUGCCACCCUCAUUUUCGCCUCAAUUCUACUCUCCUCCGUCGCGUUUCCUAUGUUCGGCUGAGUUGUGUUGCAGCAAUCGAAGCACUUGACGAGCCAGAUGGCUUCUCCAAUGAUUCUGUUAUCUAUGAUGAAAGAGGAGUGGAAGGUAGGAAAAUGGCAUCGAAAUGGAAGAAGUUUAGCUCUAAGGAACUUGGGAUUACGAAUUCGAUGAUUGCAAGGCCUACACGGAUAGUCCUAAAUGGUCUCAAGAGAAAAGGAUUUGAUGUUUACCUUGUUGGUGGUUGUGUACGUGAUCUAAUAUUAAAACGCACACCAAAAGACUUUGAUGUAUUGACUACAGCUGAAUUGAAAGAGGUGACGAAAGCUUUUUCUUGGUGUGAGAUUAUCGGGAAACGUUUUCCUAUUUGCCAUGUGCACGUUGGUGAUGAUAUUGUAGAGGUUUCGAGUUUUAGCACUUCAGCAAGACAUCAUCACCACACAAGGGACUCGGGUAUGGCUUUUCAACAGUACGAUGGCUGUGAUGAGAAGGACUAUAGUCGUUGGAGGAACUGUAUGCAGCGUGAUCUAACAAUAAACGGAUUGAUGUUUGAUCCGUAUGCGAAUACAAUUUACGACUAUACAGGAGGAAUGGAGGAUAUUAGAAAAGCUAAAGUGCGAACUGUUAACCCUGCUAACUUCUCAUUGGCGGAGGAUUGUGCUCGCAUACUGCGUGCCAUUAGGAUUGCUGCUCGUUUGGGGUUUGGUUUUUCCAGAGAGACGGCUCAUGCAAUAAAACACCUUGCACACUCUGUUCUACUGCUUGAUAAGGGGAGGCAUCUUAUGGAAAUGAACUACAUGCUAGCUUAUGGUUCUGCAGAACCUUCAUUGAGGUUAUUAUGGAGAUUUGGUAUCUUGGAAUUGCUCUUACCAAUUCAGGCGGCAUAUUUUGUUCGUGAUGGUUUUAGGAGACGGGACAAGAAGUCUAACAUGCUCUUGUCGUUGUUUUCAAACAUGGAUAAGCUUCUAGCACCAGACCGACCAUGUCAUACUAGCUUAUGGGUGGCAAUUUUAGCAUUUCAUAUGGCGUUAUUAGAUCGACCAAGGGACCCGUUAGUGGUUGCUGCAUUUAGCCUUGCGGUCCACAAUGGAGGAGAUAUGAAGGAGGCUGUUGGCAUAGCUAGAAGGAUUUACAAACCACAUGCUAAAAUGUACUACGAAUUAUCGGAGCCACAGAGCCUCGAGAAGACGACGCUGAAAAAGGAGGUCUUGGAUCUUGGUGCAUCGGUUAGUAAGGCACUGUCUAACAUGACCGAUACAUAUUACGUCUCACACGCAAUGAGUAACUACCCCAAAGCACCGUAUUCUGAUCUGGUUUUCUUCUCACUUCACUUGUAUUUGAAGGCUGGUAAGAUAUUUGAAUGUGUGAAUCAAGGUAAGGAAGCCAGAUUUGUGGCAAAGCAAGGUGGGAAGAUUGAUUAUGAGUUGUUAGCCAUUGGAAGUCUCCAGGAAGUGAGGCAUGUAUUUGCUAGGAUCGUCUUUGAUACCAUUUAUCCGUUGGAUUCUUGAUCAUGAUGUGCCAUAACUUUUUAUAUAAAGAAACGUUUAGAUUAUAAGAAAUCAUAUGAAGAUUAGUGUUUUAGAAAACUUUGAUUUAUUGUAUUGUGUGUGCUCUCUUAAA